CGCCAGCGCUCCAGCCUUCGCAAGCUUCGCACUCCAUAUCACCGAUCUUCAGUACCUACCCAUCUGGACUGAAUCGAUCUCACCAUGUGGAUCAUUAACUGGUUCUACGAUAUCUUGGCCUCCCUCGGCCUGCUCAACAAGCACGCCAAGCUCCUCUUCCUCGGCCUCGACAAUGCCGGAAAGACGACUCUUCUGCACAUGUUGAAGAACGACCGGGUUGCCGUCCUCCAGCCUACCGCUCAUCCGACGUCGGAGGAGCUUGCUAUUGGAAACAACCGCUUCACUACUUUUGACUUGGGUGGUCACCAGCAGGCCCGUCGUCUUUGGAAGGACUACUUCCCUGAAGUGAGCGGUAUCGUUUUCCUCGUUGACGCCAAGGACCACGAGCGUUUCCCCGAGUCCAAGGCCGAGCUCGACGCCCUCCUCGCCAUGGAGGAGCUCGCCAAGGUCCCCUUCCUCAUUCUCGGCAACAAGAUCGACCACCCCGACGCCGUCAGCGAGGACGAACUCAGACACCAGCUGGGACUCUACCAGACCACAGGAAAGGGCAAGGUGCCGCUCGAGGGCAUCCGACCGAUCGAGGUCUUCAUGUGCAGUGUCGUGAUGAGACAGGGUUACGGCGAGGGUAUCAGGUGGCUGUCUCAAUACGUUUAAGCUUGAAAAAUAACAAAAAAUCGUAUGCAAGCUUGAGCGGAAACAUUACAAGGGGGAGGGAGUUCAUGAGUAGAUGGACUGGACGGAGUACUUCUUUCUAUUUUGAUAUCUCGCACAUCGUCUCUCCUGGUUUCGGUGGCAUGUAAUUGAUUAUGAUCAAUCGUCAAUCGAUUUUUAGCUUGUUUGAAUUAGCUAUUUACUAGGUCUAAUUUUCUUUUACUUUGA